GCAGCGAUGGACCCUGAGGAUGACAGGAGCGUCAAGAACGUUCCAAUGAUGCCCAUAUUUCCCAAAGCAAACGUGCUCUCAGCCAUGCAGUACGAGCCACGCACAGAUGACGUCAUAAUCGUCACGUAUCCGAAAUGCGGGACGACUUGGACUCAGUACAUCGUCUCUCACAUUUUGACAAAAGCAGAGCCGCCCAAGGGUCCAGCUGAAUAUAUGCUUUGCUCUCCACUAAUCGAGCUUUUGGGUGCAGAGAGCGCCACAAGCACUGAUAGAAAAGGGCCCCUGAUCACACACCUGCCACUCAACGCUAUGGUGUUUUCCAGGCGUGCAAAGUACAUUUAUGUAACGAGAAACCCUUACGACUGCUCCGUUUCGUGCUAUUACUUCUUCAAAGGCCCCACGUCGAGAAGCACAGAAGACGUGUCCUUUGGCAGCUUCCUCGAACGCUUCCAUUCCGGGAAGACCAUCUACGGUGACUACUUUGACCACCUUCUCCCCUGGUAUAAGAUGAGAAACGAGCCCAACGUCUUAUUCUUUACCUACGAGCAGCUGAAAAUCAGUACCAGAGAAUUGAUUUUCAAGAUUGCUCAUUUCCUCGGCGAAGAGCAUGGUACGGCUUUGAAUGAGGACACGCAGUUCUACGAGAACAUCUUGCAGUCAUCAAGUUUUAAGAACAUGAAAGCGGUCUUUGAUUACACGCCUUACGAUCGUAUAAAAGCGCUGGGAGAACUUCCACCUGAAAAACAUCUGAAGUCUCUUGAAUUCUGCAAAAAACUGAACAUACAGAACAAAAUGUACAAGGGCUCAGCUUUUGUGCGCAAGGGAAUGAUUGGAGACUGGCGAGACCACUACACAACAGGUUAUAUUGCGAAGACUAAAGCUUGGAUAGCAGAGAAAACCAACGGGAGUGACGUCAUGAACCUGUGGAAGGACUUAGAUCUUCCGUAAAGAGAAACCGGAUCGGCGUGUUCUUGGGUACAACUUCAUAGUUUAUCCAUGCACAGGUGAAGAAUAAACAGUGCGGUAACAAUAUAACAUAUAUGACUAAGUUAUUAGUUACUGUGGUCACGAGCAGCCUGCUUCUAACACUGGUACCUAUCAACGAAAUCGUAACAGCCUAAUGAAUGAAUACCAGUCUCAUAUUGGUGUCGAAAAAAAAGUUGCA